AUGCAGCUGCUAAGUGUGUUGCAAAAAUCAGGCAGAUAUAAUACUAGCGUAACACAACCACAAAUCGAUGAUAUUCUCUCAACAAUGUAUUAUCGAUAUGAAUGUAUGAAUAUUGAUACGUUUGUGACAUCCGAAAUAGUUGAAGUAUCGCAUUCGAUAGAACCUUUAAUAGGCUUAUCACGAGAUCCCUUUAGCAUUUGUCCUCAUUUGAAUACAUCCGUAGUGCCUCCAUCACUUUACGAUGGGGCAGACUUACAAUCAAAACGAUUUAUUCUAUUGUCAGUUUCAGCGCCAUUUUACACACAUACAGUGCUACAAGGUUCUAGACUUUUAAAUGAAAUAUCUAUUAUUUCUGAUAAUAAUAAUAAAAACGUGUUGCCAUGGAUGUAUCAACGUCUAGCACAUACUGAUAUUGAAAUGGAAAUUAACAUCGGAAAUCGAAAAAUUAUUCUUUUCGAUUUGGGAAGCUCUUGUUUUGGUGGUUGGGAGAAAGAUGAUACAGCUGCUGCAGGAAAGUGGUUCUACGAGUAUUAUAAACGUUUCAAUGUUAAAUUUGAUCGAAUUAUUGCUUUUGAAUUUUCUUUAUUGAAUCAGCAUGAUGCAUGGGAACAAUUACCCAGUGACGUUUUCCCUAUAUAUACUCUUAUCAAUGUUGGAGUCACUGAAAGUGGAAAGUUUAAUCCUUGGGUAAUGCUACAAACAAUUGCUCAAACAUCUGAUCAUGUUGUUGUCAAAUUAGAUAUCGAUACAUCUGCCUUAGAAAAUACGUUGAUAAAACAAAUAUUAACUGAUCCAAGCAUUCAUAUUCUAAUCGACGAACUUUUAUUUGAGCAUCACGUCACAGUUAAUGAAAUGAUACCUUACUGGGGAGAUAUGUGGGAUUCAUUGAAUGAUUCAUUGAAGGAUUCAUAUAUAUUAUUUAAAAAGUUACGACAACUCGGAAUAAGAGCUCAUUCAUGGCCGUGA